AUGGAUUCCUUUCAAAAAUACAUGUUGCUUUUCAAUGCCUCCAUCCCAUGGCAUGAAGAAGUCACCAGAGCUGAGCUUAGAAUCCACACUGUUUGUCAGAAGGCGGCAGAGUGUUUCUCUCCCCUUCAAGGAAACAUGCUCAUUUAUGAUGGUGGUCUUGAAGGAAAUCACUGGGAGAAGCCAAAAAGCGUCAAAUCCUUUCUAGUCUCCAAAGAAAUCCAUGAAUGUGGCUGGCUGAUAUUUGAUGUGUCUGGCACUGUGAAAAGGUGGAUCAAGGCAGAAAAAACAAGGACUGCUAGCCAGCUGGAGAUGACUGUGGAAAACCACAUUCAAAGUGAUCUUGCCUGUGGGAAGCUGAAGAUCAGCAUAACACCUGAUUCGCACCAUUUGCCCUUGCUGAUCGUGUUUUCCAAUGAUAAUCAUAACAGAAUCAAGGAGAACCACAGGGACCGUCAGGAAAUGACUGCGCAUGAACAGGAGGCUAUGUUUAAGAACUUAGUAAAGAACAAUACUAUUCAUAAACGAAAAGUUUUGUUGGUCAAUGGAACCCAUCAUUUGUCCUUCAGAAGCAAACGCAGUAUUGAGAACAACCACUGUCGUAGAACUUCUCUCCGUGUGAAUUUCAAAGAAAUUGGCUGGAAUUGGAUCAUUGCACCCCCAGAUUAUGAGGCAUUUGAGUGCAAAGGGGGUUGCUUCUUUCCUUUGACUGAUAAUGUCACCCCAACCAAACAUGCUAUCGUCCAGACACUGGUGCACUACAAGAAUCCCAAGAAAGCUGCCAAAGCCUGUUGUGUUCCCACUAAGCUAGAAGCAAUUUCCAUGCUUUAUAAUGAUGAUGCUGGGACCCCCACUCUGAAAUACCAAUAUGAGGGGAUGAAAGUAGCAGAAUGUGGCUGCAGGUAGUACCAGGGGACCUC